AGUACGUUGGGGUGGUACGCAAUAAUUCCAAGUUGCCGGCACACUCCCUUUGAGAGAAGUAGAGGUUCUCACGUGUCCAUCUUGAUAUAUACCGGGGUCCUCAUUGUAGUGCCAUCGAAGGAGAGGUCAAGUAAAUGGCCUGUGGUCGUACGUCCUUGGGACUCGGUCGGGCUUCUUCAAGUCCUUCUUUCUUAGGCGAGCGACUGCAGAAUAGCUCCCCUCCGAUAAAUGUGAUAUCCGCCACACUGUCAACUAUCCCCUGAGCCGGCACUCCUUGA